CGGAGGUCACGGCUCAGGUCGAGGGAUUUCAAGAACAUGUCCAUUUUCGCCACAAUUGACAAGGAAAUGGGCUAUACGCGGGAAAUGGACUAUUUAAUCUUGGAUUAGAAAACUUAGGCUGUCAUUGAUUUACUAGUACUGGAGGGCCAGCAUCAAUCAUUAUAUUCUCCUAUGUGUUGGAGGGCUAACAAGAAUUUGAAUCAAAUGGAAAUUGAUUGGAUGGGAUUUUGGUGUGCUGAGAAGUUGAUGUACAAAUGCCUAGGACUAGCUCUAACAUCAAAAUCACAAUUGAAGAAAUAAUACUUAUUGGGAGCAAAUAUUAAUCAUUUUAUUCCUCAUUUGCGUCUGCUUAGCAAAAUCAUAGAAGAAAUAAUAAUACAUAUUGGGAGCAACUAGAAUGGAAAGAACCCUCCUUGUGUGAUUGCUUAGCAAAUUGGGAGCAACUGUGAGUAUCUUUUGUCAUAAGAGACAACAAAUCAAGUUUGGGGAACCUGGAGCGGAUGCUUGCCGGAAUUGAUUGGAACUUUAAUAGCUAUGGAGGUAUCAAUGAAGGUUGUUACAAAGACUGGAGUCUUGAUAUUCAUGCGGCAAGGAAGAUUCUGGAAGUCGAGAGAGUUCCUAGGUUUCCUCACUCUACGAUUCUUGAAGGUGGAGCCAUUCACGUAGAUGGAGAAGAUUUGUUCAUAAAUUGUUUCCUUCCUUCAAGGACUUGUCUUACUACCGAGGAGUGCCUCUUGAAUAAAAACAGGAACCUUCAUUUGACUAAAGAGCAAGUUGAGGAUGAACUUAAAGCAUAUCUUGGAGUCAAGAAGAUUAUUUGGUUGCCUCAUGGAUUAUUUGGUGAUGAUGAUACUAAUGGUCAUAUUGACAACUUGUGCUGUUUUGUGAAGCCUGGUGCGGCUUUGUUGUCCUGGACUAAUGAUGAAUCAGAUCCUCAGUAUGAGCGAUCUGUGGAAGCCUUUUCUGUUCUCUCUCAUGUUACCGACGCUAAAGGUAGAAAACUAGAAAUUAUUAAACUUCAUGUACCUGGGCCACUUUACAUGACAGAUGAAGAGGCAGCAGGAUUAAUUCAGAAUGGUGAGGCUAAACCACGACUUCCGGGAUCAAGGAUUGCUGCUUCUUCUUAUGUGAACUUCUACAUUGCAAAUGGAGGUAUUAUCACACCGCAAUUUGGGGACCAGAAGUGGGACGAUGAAGCUGUUCGUGUCCUUUCUCUGGCCUUUCCAGAUCAUGAAGUCACGGAAGAGACUGCUGGGGUUGUGGAGCGUUGGUUUGAGUUUGAAAGGGCUGCAGAGGUUGGGGAGGUGAAUUGGGAUGUGGGUAAGGUGAGGGAAGAGGUUGUGAAGGGAGGAGGGGGUGGCAUGGACAAGGGUGGCUCGGAAAUGGGAAUUGGAGAGUUACGAGGAUGCAAAUGGAUGAAAUGGGUGUGUGCCUAUCAUGUGGAGAGAAGCUUGUUAGCAUUGAUAUUGAUCCUAAAGAGACUGAAAACUUCACUGCUUCAUUGACCAAUUUGGUAUGCCAAAGAGUUGAGGCUGAUUUUAUGCAGUUUCAGGUAUGACAUUAUCUUUAUGCUUCAUUGAUUAAUACCGCAAUUCAACACAUGGAGUUACUUGAGAUGUAUAUUAUUUUGGAAUUGAUUCCUAUAGUUGAUUCUUACACAUUAGUGGACAAUGCUGUCAAUAAUUUUUAUCUUGUUUCUUUAUGUUACUUCCAAAUUUGGAAUUUGAAUAACUAGAUUGUCAUCUUGUUGUCCAUAAAUAUCUUAAUGAUUUAUGUCUAGUAGUGGAUAUGUUGGUAGACUGCAUUACUCCAUAUCUCUGUUACUUUAUCACAUGAAUAUUUUAUCAAAUGUCGAUAUACUCUUUUUGGUAGAGGGUGGGGUUUGAGACUGCAGUCUGCUCCUAAUGGCUGCCAAGGUACUGCUAGGCCUGAGAGACUUGUUUGAAAAUGAUCAAUGUACUUGUAAUUGUAUUGUUGAAAAUGUAUUCAAUGUCUUAGUCAAAGGCCCAUAUUUGCUGCUUGUGUAUGGUUCAAGCGAUUAAUACUUAAAAAGAAUGGCAUUCUGACUAACUUAGAAGGUGCACUCAUUCAGGAGUGGCUUCAGUGACAUGAUCCAUUUGAUGCAGUUAUAGAUGGUGCAAAUGUGGGGCUUGUUAAUAGGCAUAAUUUCAACUUUUCCCAGCUUAAUUCUAUUGUAAAUCAGUUACAUCAAAUGAGGCCGUCAAAGAGAUUACUACUUCUUGUUUUGCAUAAAAGUCAUGUUACUGGUGGUCCAGCGCAGAGUCAUAACAACAAGAAGCUGUUAGAGAAUUG